GCUAGUCGAGCUUUGUCCUUGCGAAAACAUCUUGAUUUGGUCACACAACUGAUUAUUCAGUGGCGUAGAUUGGAGUUGAAUUGCUGGUCAGUAAGUUUGGACAAUAUUAUGAAGCAGCAUGUAGAGAAAUCCACAAAGCACUGGUUCUCAAUCUAUCAGAUGAUUGAGAAGUAUGUUCAAGAACAGACAGAGGCAAACACAGAAGAAACUGAGCAAAUGGAUCUGAAAACACUGGUCAGCACACUACAAGCUUUCAUUGAAGGAUCCACGCUGGGAGAGUUUCAUGCACGACUUCAAGCACUACUGGUUUUCCACUGCCAUGUCCUGCUGAUGCCUCAAGUAGCAGAAAAGGAUGUUCUGUGCAGCAUCCUGUGGAAUCUGUACAAUUAUUAUAAGCAGUUUUCAGAGUGUGUUGAGGCCAGAAUCACUGAACUUCGUCAACCUAUAGAAAAGGAACUUAAGGAGUUUGUGAAAAUUUCAAAGUGGAAUGACGUCAGCUUCUGGGCUAUAAAACAAUCCGUUGAAAAAAUACGCAGGACCCUCUUUAAAUUCAUGAAGAAGUUUGAAGUUGUUCUGGAUGAGCCAUGUCGGCCUGCCUUGGUGGAAAUUGGUAAGGAAGAGCAGCUGGACUGUUUGCAAAAGCAGGAAGAAUCUGAGAACAAAGAGACCAAAGUUCAGAGGCUAAACAACACGCUGAGAAAAAUUCUGUCUGCUAGAACAGAUGUUGUCAAG